GCCUGAGCCGGAGGUGGCCGGAGUCACGCCGCGCGGGCCCGAGGGACGCCCAGGCAGGAGCCAGCCGCGGGGAUCGGCGCGAGGCGCAGCGGGGAGCCCGGCGAGCGGGGAGCGGCGGCCCCAUGGCCGACCUGUUCGGGGGCGUGGAGGGGGGGGCCACCCACUCCAGGGUCGUGCUGCUGUCUGCAGAUGGCCGGGUUGUAGCAGAAGCUACCGGACCAAGCACCAACCAGUGGCUGAUUGGGCUGGAGCAGUGUGCAGAAAGGAUCAAUGACAUGGUGAACGAAGCCAAGAAGAAAGCCGGGGUAUACCUUCACAAACCGCUGCGGAGCCUGGGCCUGACCCUGAGUGGGGCAGAGCAGAGCACGGCCGUUUCCACCUUGACUGAACAAUUGCAAAGCCGCUAUCCUGACCUGAGUAGCAGCUACUUCAUCUCUACGGACGCAGCGGGGUCUAUUGCCACGGCCACAGCCAUCGGUGGCGUGGUGCUCAUUUCUGGGACAGGGUCCAACUGCAGACUUGUCAACCCGGAUGGCUCUGAGGAAGGCUGCGGUGGCUGGGGACACCUCAUAGGUGACGAAGGCUCUGCAUUUUGGAUUGCACACAGGGCAGUGAAGAUCGUUUUUAACACCAUGGAUAACCUGGAGAAGUCUCCUCAUGACAUAAACUACGUCAAACAAGCCAUGUUUAACUACUUCCAGGUGUCUGACCGGAUGGGACUCCUCACCCACCUCUAUAGAAUCUUCGAUAAAUCCAAGUUUGCUGGAUUUUGCCGGAAAGUUGCAGAAGGUGCUUAUCAGGGUGACACCCUUUGCCAGAGUAUUUUCAAGGAGGCUGGAGAAUUGUUGGCCAGCCAUAUACUGGCUGUGUUGCCUAAGGUAGACCCGAUACUUUUCAAGGGGCCACUGGGCCUCCCCAUCGUGUGUGUGGGCUCUGUAUGGAAGAGCUGGGAGCUGCUGGAAGAAGGCUUUGUCAACACCCUGGCUAAGGGAAAGGCCACCCAGAAGGCCUUCACCCACUUCACCCUGCUCAAGCUGAAGUACUCAUCGGCCCUGGGGGGAGCCAAGCUGGGGGCGCACUAUAGUGGGUACACGCUUCCCCUGGACUAUAACAACAAUUCAGAUUCCUUCUUUACACACAUCUUCUAGUUAGGGCUGGCCUCCCCACCUCGAGACCAAGGGACAUCAGAUGCUGAAAAACCGCAGUGCUUUUGUUAAUCGAUAAAGAUAGCUAAAAUUUAUUAGUUUUAUACAUAGAUCACUUCCCAACAGCCCUUGAAGGCAGAUUCAAAAACAUGCCCACACAAUUUGAGAACUGGAAGGAUCCUUAGGAGAUACUGAGUCCAACCCACUCAUAAAAGGAGUCCUCGCUAUACAGUCCUCACAAGUGGCUGACCAGCUUCUGCUUGACCUGCUCUCAGGGGUCUGCCUAGCUCACUUGGAGAUGGCUCUCAUGGUUAAGAUUUUUUUCCUGAUUUCAAACUUAAAUUGGCCUCUCUGCACCAUCUACCCAUUGCUCCCAGCUGUUCUCUGGGGCUUAAACGAGACCUCUAGUCUCACCGCCACAUAAUGAUCCUUCAAAUCCCAGAAAACGGGCACCGUCCCUGGGUCUUUUCUCCAGCCACACUUGGCCAGGGCCCUCGACCAGUCUUCCUGCAUUAUGGACUCAAGGCUCAUCACCAUCUUGGUUACUCUCCCGUAGAGGUUCUUCUGCUUAUCAGUGUCCUUAAACUGUGGUUCCCAGAACCGAACACAGUGCUCCAGAUGAGACCUGAUCAGGGAGAGUGGUGGGACUGGCACCUCCCAGAUGAUGGAAGCUGGGCUGGGCCCCUCCUGAAGCGGGCCAGCGUCCCCUAAUUCACAUGGUGCUUACAGGCCACUCAAACUCCUGGGUACUUUUCUGAACUGCUGUCAAACUGUGCUUCCCCAAUCUUAAACUGGAUGAAGUUGAUUUUUGUCCCAAGUGCAAGACUUUUCAUUUAUUCCUGUUAAGUUUCAUCUUAUUUGAUUCAACCCAUUUCCAGCCUGUUGAAAUCUUUUUAUAGCCUGUCACCCAGGGGGUUAGCUGUCCACCAGCAGUGUUUUACCAGUGCGAGAAACAUACUCUCUGUGCCUUUAUCCAAGUCCCCACUCCCCCCCAUCUUAUUGGUGAGGAAACUGAGGUAGAGGUUGAGUGACAAGUACAGGGUAAGCUAGUGUGUGUGUGUCUGAGGCAAGAUCCCAAGUCAAGCGUCUAUCCACAGCACUGCCUCCCUGAAUCAGUCCCAUAGGAAACAAAAGACACUAUCUUGCCUCCCAUCUUCAGACAGGAGUAGUGUUGACUCCACUUUCAUGCCAGGUACACAUGUUCCUUCCUUAGCCUGGUUCUAGAAACAGAUUCUGCCACCUGCUGGGAAGAGCCUAGGCCUAGGAGUCACUGCACCGGGAUUCCCUCCCUGACAGCCACUCGUUCCUUUCCUUGUCUCUAAGAUGUCCGCACUAUGCAUAUGUGAUAGGUGAUACCUAGCGAGGGCCAAGGCUCAACUGUGGCCUCCUGGUCACCUAAAGGCAUAGAAGGAGUCAGUGCCCUUUGGUCUUGACCAGUGUUCCAAGGGUGCAUGAGUCACCACCCCCCCUGGCCCUGCUGACCAAAUCUACUUCUGACUCUGGGGAGGAAGGGUGUUCUAGCCUCCCCUUUUUAUCUUAUGGUUAAAUAAACUUCUAUCAACAGUCA